CAUAAGGGACCGGGGCCGGGCAGGGCCGCUGGCCGCCUGCUGUUGCCGCCGCGGGGUUCGCUGUCUCCUCGGCGGGGACAGGGCCCGCCGGGCAGGCCGAGGGGAGCCGCGGGCCUGUCCUCGCUGGGCCGAGGGAACGGCGCUGAUCUCCCAGCGCUGGGGAGGUUGUGAGCGGCGUUUUAUGAGGGGAAAGCCUCGUAUUUCGAGGGCAGGCUGCACCAGAUCGGUUUAAACCUAUCCCCGAGCCUCGUGAGCUCUCGUUGCAUAAUGGCAGAAGCUACCGUCUCUCCACUGAAGCACUUUGUGCUAGCUAAAAAGACAAUCACUGCCAUUUUCGACCAGCUGCUGGACUAUGUCACCGAAGGAGCAACUUUUGUGGAAGCAACAUACAGGAACCCAGAGCUUGAACACAUAGCAACAGAAGACGAAUUAGCAAGAAUACAGGCGUAUAAAAAUAAGUUAGCGGUCAUCGGUGAAGUGCUUUCACGGAGACACAUGAAAGUGGCAUUUUUUGGCAGAACGAGCAGUGGGAAGAGUUCGGUCAUUAAUGCAAUGCUGUGGGAUAAGGUACUUCCGAGUGGGAUUGGCCACACAACUAACUGCUUUCUCAGUGUGGAAGGGACAGAUGGAGAUAAGGCUUAUCUUAUGACAGAAGGAUCAGAUGAAAAGAAGAGUGUCAAGACAGUCAAUCAGCUUGCUCAUGCACUUCACAUGGAUAAAGACUUGAAAGCCGGCUGUCUCGUCCAUGUCUUUUGGCCUAAGUCAAAGUGUGCCCUGCUGAGAGAUGAUUUGGUUUUAGUGGACAGCCCUGGCACAGAUGUCACUACAGAACUGGACAGCUGGAUUGACAAAUUCUGCUUAGAUGCUGACGUGUUUGUCUUGGUUGCCAAUUCUGAAUCAACUCUCAUGAACACGGAAAAACAUUUUUUCCAUAAAGUGAACGAACGCCUUUCCAAGCCAAACAUCUUCAUCUUGAAUAAUAGAUGGGAUGCCUCUGCAUCAGAACCAGAAUAUAUGGAAGACGUGCGUAGGCAGCACAUGGAGCGCUGUCUGACUUUUCUAGUUGAUGAGCUCAAAGUUAUUGAUCCUGUAGAAGCGAGGAAUCGCAUCUUUUUUGUUUCAGCAAAAGAAGUUCUGAGUGCCAGGAGACAGAAGGCCCAAGGAAUGCCAGAGGGUGGUGGAGCACUUGCUGAAGGAUUUCAAACAAGAUUCCAGGAAUUUCAACAUUUUGAACAGAUAUUUGAGGAGUGUAUCUCGCAGUCAGCCGUGAAAACCAAGUUUGAACAGCACACUAUCAGAGCUAAACAGAUAAUAGAUACUGUGAAAAACAUUAUGGACGCCAUAAACGUAGCAGCAGCAGAGAAAAGAGUCCAUUCAAUGGAAGAGCGAGAAGAUCAGAAGGAUAGAUUGGACUUUGUUCGAAAUCAGCUGAACAUUUUGACAGAAGAUACUAAGGAAAAAAUCAAACAUGUUACUGAGGAAGUGGAAAAUAAAGUCUCCUCUGCCAUGACUGACGAGAUUUGCCGACUUUCAGUUUUAGUUGAUGAAUUUUAUUCAGAUUUUCACCCUUCUCCUCAAGUAUUGAAGCUGUAUAAGACAGAACUGAACAAACAUAUAGAAGAUGGUUUGGGAAAGAACCUGGCUGAUCGUUGCACCAGUGAAGUCAAUCAGUCAAUGCAUCAGUCGCAGCAGGAGAUGAUUGAAAAUCUGAAGCCGUUGUUGCCUUCUGGUGCUCAGAAUCAGCUCCACUUGCUAAUUCCGUGCAGGAGGUUUGACCUUAGCUAUGAUCUAAACUGUCACAGUCUGUGUGCGGAUUUUCAAGAGGAUAUCAUGUUCCACUUUUCCUUGGGAUGGACUUCACUUGUAAACCGUUUCUUGGGUCCUAAACAAGCUCAGAGAGUACUAUUGGGACUAGCAGAUCCAAAUGUACAAAUCCCUCGUCCUUUAGCUACCACCCCGUCUGCUGCCAGCCUCCCUGCCACAACUCCAGAGAGCGUAUCGCACGAUGAUUUUAUGGUUCCUUUGGUAAUGAGUUUGGCUUCACUGACAUCACGGACCUCUAUGAGCAUCAUCGUUGUUGGCGGAGUGAUUUGGAGAACAGUUGGCUGGAAACUUAUCUCUCUUUCCUUAAGUAUGUAUGGGUUGUUAUAUCUUUAUGAGAGACUGACUUGGACCACUAAAGCAAAAGAGAGAGCCUUUAAACAGCAGUUUGUAAACUAUGCUACUGAAAAGCUGCAGAUGAUCGUCAGUCUUACAAGUGCUAAUUGCAGCCAUCAGGUGCAACAGGAAAUGGCCACUACCUUUGCUCGGCUCUGUCAGCAGGUGGAUAUUACCCAGAAAAACCUGGAAAAAGAAAUCGCUAGACUUUCCAAAGAGAUAGAUCAGUUGGAGAGCAUACAGAGCAGCUCCAAGCAGCUAAGAAAUAAAGCCAUUCACCUUGAGGAUGAACUAGAUCGCUUUACAAAACAUUUUCUUCAAAAGAGUAAAUAAAACGGCGUCGCCAACUUUCCCGGUGAUCCUUUGUAGGAUAAAGUAGAAAUUUUACAGAUAACAUUUCUCCUUUGUGGAGUCACAUGAAAUUAUUUCUAUUUUAAAUGUUACUUUGAUUACACUUAAUUAUUGUAAAACUUGGACUCUGGUGGUGAACCAAACGGAAGAGCUGUGUCAUGUUUGUUUUGCAGAUCUUGGGUUAAAAAUUAUCUUUAAAACACUAAAUUUCUUUGGGCACUUGACAAUAAAAACCCAAAUCCUUAUUGGUUUUCAUCAGUGUUUAGCAGUGGCAAGUCUUGCUUCCUGGCAUCCAGGAGUUCAGGCAGGAAGAGCAGGCUUAUCACGGUGAUCACGGUCUCCUGAUUUCAGCUGCUUAGGAAUUAGCCAGGGAUGGAGGAUGCUGCUUUUUCAUGUGUGUGUGUGUUUAACGAAGGGCAGUACAAACUCUAGCAUGGGGCAAGGACCCUCGGCUUGUUUUGAAAGCAAGUGAAACUGGGUUGGGCAACAGUUCCUCUUCCUCAUAAGGAAGUGAAAGAUGACAGUAAACUGCAGAGCCUUCACUAAUGAAAUGCAGUGGGCUCUGGUUUCCCUUCAGGCGAGGACAUUUAGCCAAGAUGGCAUUGAUUGAAGUAAAGAUAAACCUAUUUCAACCUCUGUCAGAUUUUUUGCAGUUGGUAAAGUGGUGAAAUGGUCUUUUGCCCAUGAGAGCACGGCUAGAACCUAUGUUCAGGGGAGCUGCAGGCGCGUGUGUCGCUGCCACCACGCUGGCAUCCAGGUAAGGGAGGAUUUGCUGGGCAGAGGGUCUUGACUCUUGUUUUUGCACGCUGGGGGGAAGCUCAGGGCGUCGGGCUUGACCCCGAGCCCCUGCUGGCUGUAGGGUGCAGGGACAGGCUGGGUCCGACAGUCUGUGCUGGUGCAGUUUCCCUGGCAGCCCUGGGGUCCUGCUGCGGCCUGGGGGGGCUGCAGUAGGUUACCUGUGCUCCCCUCCAGCACUGCAAAGCCUCUUUUUAAAAAAAAAAUGUUCUGGCUGUUGCCAUCUGCAAUGAUGUAACACCUACUUUUUUCUAACUAGACUUUUUAAACAUAAUUUAUUUUAAAAGAAAAAAGCCUUUCCUGACUAUAUAUUUUUAUGGAAGUAUUAACAUGACUAAAUGAAAUAUUCGACUUGACAACUGUGCUGUAGGGCUUUGCUAUUUUCCAGUAAAUAAGGGCUAUCUUGAAAAGAAAUAGAUAUAAAAUCUAAUGCUAGAGACAGUUAAUUAUUUGAAGAUGAAAACUGUUUUCACCACACUGUAUUUCGGCGUUUGUUUCUGACUGUGCUAGCAUGAGCAUGGUGUUUUGGGAACUUGCAGUAGCAGGCUGCAUGAGGAAUCUCAAGGCUUUGGGGGGAAAACUGUGAAAUCCAAAAACGCGUAACAGUCCAGCUGCCUUGUGUGUGGGGUGACAGCUGGGUAGGGAUGCUCCUUGCCUGGAGCAUUUUUAUGGACGUUGUAUCAAGAUAAAACUUUACACGCAUGUGUUCUACAGUUAUUUAUUAAAAAAAAAAAUAUUA